CCGACGUGCCGAUACGCGCGCUCUCGUGGGCGUACUCGUGUUCGCGUUCCUUUCGAUUUUCACGCGUUCCCGUUCUUGUAAAGCUCUUUAAAAAAUGCCGAACCUGCUAAGGAAGGAGAAGGUGCGUCUGUCACGGUAGUUCUCUCGUGUCGCGCGGUGGUGUCUUUAGAACGUUACCACCAAAGUUUUUCUUCGCACGCGAUCGGUCUGUCCUACGGAUCAGUCUGUCUUUAUUCAUCCCCUCUCUAUCUAUCUAUUGCUGUGUGUGUCUUUCUCUCUCUUUUUCUUUCUUUCUCUCUCUUUCUCUCUCUCUCUAUAUAUAUAUAUAUAUAUAUAUCUAUCUAUCUUUCUCUUUCUCUCUCUCUCUCUUUUUCUUGGUGCUGCGCGACGCGAAUGGUGUUUCUCCACGGCAGAGAGAAAGAGCGAAGAAGGAAGGAGCAAAAGGAAGAAGGGAGCUAGCGUGUGCGCGCGCGAGAGAGAGAGAGAGAGAGAGAGAGAGAAAGAGAUUGAGUGAGUGAGUGAGUGAGUGAGUGAGUGAGUGCACCGGGGGAACAACCCCGGCGGCCUUAGCUACUCAAGGGUGUAGUAGCAUGGUGAAGACCGCCGUCUUGCUCGUUUCUUGACCCGAUCGUCCGUAUACAUCGCAAAUUCGGCUCUUCAACUAUCUGUCCGUUGCGAAAAAGAAAGAAAGAGAGAGAGAGAGAGAGAGAGAGAGAGAAAGAAAGAAAGAGAAAGAGAGAGAGAGAGAGAGAGAGAAAAAGAAGGUUCGCUCCGCUCUAGUAAGAGUCCCCCGUCGACUCGUACGGAAUCGAAUCCAUCGUCGGCCUAUUAAAAGCGGUCGUGUGAGUUUCGACUACUCUCUCGCGUGUCUCGGGCCCCGUCGCACACGAUACAAUAAUGGAAACGUCGUCGAAGACUAGCAAGGACAAGGGAAAGAACGGCAACAAGGAUGUCGAGGCCGGCGACGAGACGAACAAAGUGUCAGGAGGUCCUCCACAUGGCAAUGCCUCACCUCCACCGACACUCAUCAACAAAGUCAAGUAUCAACCUGGUGGGCCUGUAAUCAAAAAGGAUAAAAGACAAAGCAGCUCGAGAUUCAACAUAUCAAAGAACCGAGAACUUCAAAAGCUACCGCUCUUGGCAGAGACUCAACAAGGCAAUGAAAGGGAAGAACUUUUCAUACAAAAGUUACGUCAAUGCUGCGUACUCUUUGAUUUUGAGUCUGAUCCAUUAUCGGACUUAAAAUGGAAGGAGGUAAAGCGUACGGCUCUUCAUGAAAUGGUCGAAUAUGUAACCAAAAAUAAAAAUGUUAUUACCGAAGCAAUCUAUCCGGAAGCAGUGAAUAUGUUUGCUGUGAAUUUGUUUCGAACACUUCCACCAUCUUCUAAUCCAAAUGGUGCUGAAUUUGAUCCGGAAGAAGAUGAACCUACUUUGGAAGCGGCAUGGCCUCAUUUGCAAUUAGUGUAUGAAUUCUUUCUAAGAUUGUUGGAAUCUCAAGAUUUCCAACCAUCUAUUGCAAGACGUUAUAUAGAUCAAAAGUUUGUCUUACAAUUAUUAGAGUUAUUUGAUUCUGAAGAUCCUCGGGAAAGAGAUUUUCUUAAAACAACUCUUCAUAGAAUCUAUGGAAAGUUUCUCGGUUUAAGAGCAUAUAUCAGGAAACAAAUAAAUAAUGUUUUUUAUCGAUUUAUAUAUGAAACUGAACACCAUAAUGGUAUCGCCGAACUUCUUGAAAUAUUAGGAAGCAUUAUAAACGGUUUUGCUUUACCAUUGAAAGAGGAACAUAAAGUUUUUCUUUUAAAAGUGCUGUUACCUUUGCACAAAGCUAAAUCGUUGUCAGUUUAUCAUCCACAAUUAGCAUAUUGCGUCGUUCAAUUUUUGGAGAAGGAUCCAUCUUUGACAGAGCCCGUAAUUAGAAAUUUAUUGAAAUUUUGGCCAAAAACACACUCUCCCAAGGAAGUCAUGUUUCUUAAUGAAUUGGAAGAAAUUUUAGAUGUAAUAGAACCAGCUGAAUUUCGAAAAGUACUGGAUCCGUUGUUUAGACAAUUAGCAAAAUGCGUUUCGUCUCCACAUUUUCAAGUUGCUGAGAGAGCCCUUUAUUAUUGGAACAAUGAAUACAUAAUGUCAUUAAUAUCAGAAAACUAUUCUGUGAUUUUACCGAUUAUGUAUCCAGCUUUUUAUAGAAAUUCACGAAAUCAUUGGAAUAAAACGAUUCAUGGUUUAAUUUAUAAUGCAUUGAAACUAUUCAUGGAGAUGAAUCAAAAAGUAUUUGAUCAGUGUACUAAUCAGUAUCAUCAGGAUCGUCAAAGAGAACGUAAGCUUAUGAAAGAUAGAGAUGAAGCGUGGAUGCGCGUGGAAGCAUUGGCAAUGAGACAUCCACAUUAUAAUAUGGCAAUUACUAAAAGUACACCGAACAUUCCAUACAGCUUGACGCAACAUUUAGAUAGUCCUCCACCCGAUGAGGAUGGUGACACGGAUCAAACUCCGCUUACUUUAGAAAAGAUUGAAGCUAAAGCAAAUGAGGCGAAAAAAAUAACAAAUGUGAAUACAAUGAAACCACUUCUACGAAGGAAGAGCGAUAUACCACAAGACUCUUACACAAUACGGGCAUUGUCCGAUCACAAGCGAGCUGACGAAUACCUUGUAACACCGCCCGAUCCGAAUAAUUGCUAGUCCUUACCCUAUUCUCUUCCGAUGUAUCCCCUAUUUUGUUGUAGUAAAAUCACAAGUUAGCUCUUUUUCGGGAGAUGGAAAAAAACGGCGAUAACAUAACCUUGGCAGUUAAAUCUGCCUUAGAGAGCCUUAUUGUGCGGAAUCAAUAACAUUUAAUGUAUAUUAGAAUUUUGUUUGCUCGUGUUAGAGAAAGUAUCUUCCUCUUGUUACACCUUUAGAUUAUGAGAACAUGGAGAAUCGCAUGAGAGUAAUAAUGUCCAUUUGAUGCAUGUAGAUCACUUAUUUCCUUUCUCAAUUACAGACCAUGCUAAUUUAAGAAGUUGUUAAAAAGAACAAAAGAAAAAAAAAGAAAAGAAAAGAAAUAUUAAAAAUGUGUAUUGUUCGAGGUAAAAAUACGGUAAACAAAGGGCUCUAAAUUCAUUAGUUAUGAAAUAUUUAGCACAAAGGCAUUUAAAAUGCUAGUUAUGCUCUAUAUAUAUAUAUAGUUGCUAUAUAUAUAUAUAUAUAUAUAUAUAUAUAUAUAAAAUAUACAUACACAUACACACAUACACAUAAAAGAUAUAUAUAUAUAGUAUCAUUGGUAUAAAUGACAUUAUUAAUGCUGUGGUUUUCAUGAACUUGGUAUAUUCUAGGAAAGAUUUUAUACAAACGAGGAUACGGAAGACGGAAGGAGCAGUAUCAUCGAUAACGUUUUACUCUGUGUUAUCAUUAAAUUAUACUAAGCGAAGCGAGCUUGUUGUGUUAAUAACUAUGAUAAAUGAAGUUUUACGUUUACGUGUA